AAAAUCACUUAAAAAUACUGUAGAAAAAUCCAUUACAUUAAACGCAAUAUAAACAAAAAUCUGCACUUCAUUUCCGAAAAAGAAAAAAAGAAAAAGAGAGAAAACAAGGGUUUUUAUCGCUCUUCAUCUCCUCAUUCAUUUAUGAAGAAAACUCUUUCGUCUUCUUCUCAUAAGUGAAGAAAUUAAGAUCUGAUCCAUUUUGUAACCUUCAUUUUGCGACAUACAGAGCCGACUUGUUCACAUUCCGCCUUUUUGUAUUUUGUUCGGAGCAAAAAGGUUUGUCGGUUUUGCCCAUUUGGAGCACAAAUGGCGGAAGUUGAACCGAUGCAAAUCGACGGGGUCGAGCAGGUUAAGCCGACCAUCGACGAGCCGUGUCCGAAGAAGAAGCAACUGAAGAGAAAAAGAGUGGACCUGUGUUUGCUCUCGCCGAACCCAGAAGAAAAACAAGCGAAAAUCGCCACAUUUCGCAGCGAAAUCAUUAGUCUUGUUAAGCUGUGUAAGGAAUUAGUGUUCGCAAACAGGGGGGAGUUAAUAGAGAAUGUAGGGAGAGUUGGGAAUUCGUUGAACAGUGUGAUUGCAUGCUUGAUGGAGGAGAGCGACCUUCCUUUAUCGAAGCUAGUUGAUGAAGUUUUUGAGAGAGUUAAAGGCGUUAGUGGGGUUGGAGAUGGUGUUAGCAAGGCUUCUGUGAAGAGUGCUGUGCUUAUAGUUGGACAGAGAUUGUGUUAUGGUGUGAUUAGUGCAGAUGCUGAUGUUUUGGAAGACGAGGAUGAGUGUGCUCUUUGGUGCUGGGAGACAAGAGACUUAAAGUUGAUGCCAACAUUAUUGCGUGCAUCUUUGAAAGUUCGCCGCACUUGUCGGAAAAAGAUCCAGGAGAGGAUUAUGGCUGUUUCUGCAAUGAUAAAUGCCCUUGAAAGUUCAGAAGAUCGUCCAAGUUGUGUGCAAGAGUUGAUGAAAGCUUCAGAAAAACUCAGUAAAGUUUUAAAUGAGGCGGAUAUCCGGUUGGCUGAGAAAGUAGCCAAGAGAGAAGAAUUACAGUUAAUCAAGCAAAUGGAGAAGAACAAAAGAGAAAAGGAGAGAGAGAAGAAGAGGAUGGAUCGGGAACUUCUGAAGGAAAAGUUGCAAAGUGAAAAAGAGCUAAGACGGUUGCAUGAUGAAGCAGAAAAGGAAGAAAGGCGACGCGAGAAAGAAGAAAAUGAAAUUCAGAAACAGCAGAAGAGGCAGCAAGAGGAGGCCGAGAAAGAACUAAGGCGCAAGGAAAAGGAAGAAGCCGAGUUAAGAAAAAGUCUGGCUCUCCAAAAACAGGCAUCACUGAUGGAGCGUUUUCUCAAGAGAAACAAAACUAAUUCCUUGUCUGAAAAGGACAGUCCCAUGAACAAAGCAACCACAUCAGGUUCAUCUUUGAACAUGCCUGAGGAAAUAGCUGAAUCAGUUUCUCUAGCAAUGGAUUCUGUAUUGGCCCAAAACGAUGGAGCAGAAGUGAGAGAGAUAUGGAGUUCACACUUAAAUGCUUGGCGCUGCAAGGGACGUUUAAUGCAAUCGAACGGUAAAAUGCGUUGGGGCAUCCGUCAGAUGCCUAAGACUGAGUUGGUCAAGGAACUAAAGCUUACUGCCAAUAAAGAACUGUAUUUUCAUGGGGACUUGAAUGAGGAGAAGCUUUCAGUUGGAUGUGUCGAAUCCAAUGCUGAUAGACAAUUGUCUCAUAUGAACACAGAUGAUAAUCCUCUUCCUUGUAGUAAGAAGAGCAUUCGAGCUAGGAAGCUGUUGCAGUUUGAUAAGAGCUAUAGGCCUGCAUUUUAUGGGGUUUGGCCCAAGGAAAGUCGAGUUGUUGGCGGACGUCAUCCUUUUGUGAAGGACCCUGAUAUUGACUAUGAGAUUGAUAGUGAUGAGGAGUGGGAAGAGGACGAACCUGGUGAAAGCUUAUCAGAUUGUGAUAAGGAUGAUGAAGAACAAAGUAUAGAAGACCACGCUAAGGAUGACGAUGAGGAUGAAAGUGAAGAUGGAUUCUUUGUUCCUGAUGGAUAUCUGUCAGAGAAUGAGGGUGUAAACUCUGAUGACAUGGACUCCGAUGAUACAGUUGAAAAUUUAAAAAAUCCAUCCAACUCUGAGCAGCAAAUCCAGAGUGAAGAGUUCUGUGCCUUGCUCCGCCAACAGAAGUACCUGAGCAAUAUAACAGAACACGCACUCAAAAAGAAUCAGCCUUUGAUCAUAUUGAAUCUUAUGCAUGAAAAGACCACUUUGUUAUCAGCAGAUGAGUGCACUGGUACACACAAGCUUGAACGAAUGUGCUUGCAAGCACUUUCUAUUCGCCGAUUGCCUGGUUUACCAGAAAUAGAUAUUUCAGUUCACGGUGAUGGGGUAGAUGAGGAAAAUGAUGCUUUCUGUGACAAGUCAGUUGCAACACCUCCUGUAACCAGUGCAGCUAUUCUGGAGUCAGACUUGCCUCAGAUUAUAUCAAUCAUUCAGUCAAACCCAGUUAGCAUUGAUAAACUUGGAAUAUCACUAAAGAACAAGUUUCCAGCUGUCUCCAAAUCCCAUCUGAAGAAUAAAGUGAGGGAAAUAUCUGAGUUCUCUGAUAAUCGUUGGCAGGUUAAGAAAGAAGUUCUGAGCAAGUAUGGCCUAUCUAGAUCACCAGAAAAAACCCGUCUGAAGACGAAAUCUAUAGCAUCGUUCUUGAAAAGAUGUUUGCCCCCAUCUGGAAUCACUAAAAGCUUGAGUGAAACAUCUCCACAAUCUUCGCAGAAAAAUGUGGCAAUAGGCGAACAACAUCAAGACUGCUUUUUUGUUGUCUGGUGGGCAUGUGUGAAAUUUAAGGAAUCAGAAUAUGGAAAGGGCAAUCAAACUGGGUCGGGCGCCUCGGACGAGAAACGACACGAGACGGCCUACACCAAGAUAAUCGAGAGGGAGAUAAUAAUCGGAAGAAAAUCACCUAGAUGCCAGCUCAUCUCACGUACGACGGUAAGGAUGAGGACUUGUUCGUACUCGGAGUCUACACGGCCAAUGAUUAUGAGAAUUCUUUGUGGCCAGAUUAAGCUUUGA